AGACAGACAGGAUACAGCAGACGGACAUGAUAAGGCAGCCAAGACUAGGCAGGGAUACAAAACAGUCACUUAGUAGUUGGGUAUCUAUAAUAAAUUACUCGAGGAAAAGAAGCAAUCCGAUCAAGUGUAGGGGAAUUUCUGAUAUAUAAGAAAUGUUGUGUCUGAUAUAUUUGUGGUGAAAAACUAAGAUAAUCAUUUGUGUUUUCAAAACAAAAUGAUUAUCAAAUAUAUUUUUCAAAGCCACUUUACACUCUUCACAGUUGAUAGCGAACAUACUUGAAUUGUGAUAGACACACACUUGAAUUGUGAUAGACAACACACUUGAAUUGUGAUCGACAACAUCCUUGAAUUGUGAUAGACAACACACUUGAAUUGUGAUAGACAACACACUUGAAUUGUGAUAGACAACACACUUGAAUUGUGAUAGCCAACACACUUGAAUUGUGAUAGACAACACACUUGAAUUGUGAUAGUCAGCACACUUGAAUUGUGAUAGACAACACACUUAAACUGUGAGUAUGUAGCAGAUUUAGUUCAAAAUAAUGUUCUUUUUCAUGCCAGACAUUCUGAAAUAUUUGAUCAUAGUUGAUUCUAAUUUUUUGUCUGCAAUAAUGAUUGUGUUUAAGGAUUUAAGCAGACAAUCUCUGGGCUUUUGUUUAAUGAUUUAAGCAAUCUCUGGGCUUUUGUUUAAGGAUUUAAGCAGACAAUCUCUGGGCUUUUGUUUAAUGACUUAAGUGUGUGUCUGUGAAAAAAUGUUGACUGCAGACCUAUUCAGUGUAUUUACAUGGGUUGUUUUUUAAAUUUUAUUGACAUGAGUUGUCUGUUCAUUGUAUUUACAUGAGUUGUCUGUUCAUCGUAUUUACAUGUAUUGUCUGUUCCUCGUAUUAACAUGAGUUGUCUGUUCAUCGUAUUUACAUGGAUUGUCUGUUCAUCGUAUUUACAUGAGUUAUCUGUUCAUCGUAUUUACAUGGGUUGUCUGUUCAUCGUAUUUACAUGGAUUGUCUGUUCAUUGUAUUUACAUGGAUAGUCUGUUUAUAAUAUUUACAUGGAUUGUCUGUUCAUUUUAUUGACAUGAGUUGUCUGUUCAUUGUAUUGACAUGAGUUGUCUGUUCAUAAUAUUUACAUGGAUUGUCUGUUCAUUGUAUUGACAUGAGUUGUCUGUUCAUUGUAUUGACAUGAGUUGUCUGUUCAUUGUAUUUACAUGGAUAGUCUGUUCAUAAUAUUUACAUGGAUUGUCUGUUCAUUGUAUUUACAUGAGUUGUCUGUUCAUUGUAUUGACAUGAGUUGUCUGUUCAUUGUAUUGGCAUGAGUUGUCUGUUCAUUGUAUUGACAUGAGUUGUCUGUUCAUUGUAUUGACAUGAGUUGUAUGUUCAUUGUAUUGACAUGAGUUGUCUGUUCAUUGUAUUGACAUGAGUUGUCUGUUCAUUGUUUGUUGUUAAGAUAAUGUGAUGUUCCUCGUGCGGCGGAAAAAAAUCCAUUAUCUACUCUCUAUCCAAGACUAAUCCAUUAUCUACUCUCUAUCCAAGACUAAUCCAUUAUCUACUCUCUAUCCAAGACUAAUCCAUUAUCUACUCUCUAUCCAAGACUAAUCCAUUAUCUACUGUCUAUCCAAGACUAAUCCAUUAUCUACUCUCUAUCCAAGACUAAUCCAUUAUCUACUCUCUAUCCAAGACUAAUCCAUUAUCUACCGUCUGUCCAAGACUAAUCCAUUACCUACUGUCCACCCAAGACUAAUCCAUUAUCUACUGUCUAUCCAAGACUAAUCCUUUAUCUACUGUCUAUCCAAGACUAAUCCAUUAUCUACUGUCUAUUCAAGACUAAUCCAUUACCUACUGUCUAUACAAGACUAAUCCAUUAUCUACCGUCUAUCCAAGACUAAUCCAUUACCCUGUUGUCUAUCAUAGACUAAUUGAUUAUCUGCUGUCUAUCCAAGACUAAUAGAUAAUCUACCGUCUAUCCAAGACUAAUCCAUUACCUACUGACUAUCAUAGACUAAUCCAUUAACUACAGUCUAUACAAGAAUAUUCCAUUAUCUACCGUCUAUCCAAGACUAAUCCAUUACAUACUGUGUAUCAUAGCCUAAUAUAUUAUCUACUGUCUAUCCAAGACAAAGCUAAUAAUGCUAAGUCUCAGAUGAAUAUUUUUUUAAACAUAUAAUGUUGAUGUCAAGAUGUUAUCCUUAUUAUUUCACCAGUGACCCCUUUAGUAGCCCCGGCAACCCCUUUAGUAGCCCCAGCGACCGCUUUAGUAGCCCCAGCAACCCCUUUAGUAGCCCCAGCGACCCAUUUAGUAACCCCAGCGACCCCUUUAGUAGCCAAAGCGGCCCCUUUAGUAGCCCCAGCGACCGCUUUAGUAGCCCCAGCGACCCCUUUAGUAACCCCAUCGUCCCCCCCCCCCGAAACCAACCGAGCGUGUCACCCUCCCAUCGUCCCCCCUGUGACCGCCCACUUUGAGACCAACUGACUGCUCUGUGUAUUGACCUAAUGCAUUAUCCGAUUGGCCCAAAUCGAGCCAAUGGGACGUCCUUGUGGUAGGCAGUAACACCUUUCGCAACAACAAAUAACAGGGAACAUGAGCAGUGACCCAGAACCUGAAGGGUGACCCAGAAAAUCAUUGAUCCACGGUCAUCAGAGCACACCUGUUUGUGUGCAAGUUAACAAUGAGAACCAGGAGUGUUGCAGUAGUGGCAGUGGUGGCAGUCUUGGCAGUGGUGGCAGUGGUGGCAGUGGUGGUAGGGGUGGCAGUGUUGAAAGGGGUGGCAGUGUUUGUAGUGGUGGCAGUGGUUUCAGUGUUGGAAGGGGCGGCAGUGUUUAUAUGACUCAUCGGCUGGUCGAGUUAUUCUCAAACAAGGUUUAGUUUUGUCUUGUGUUGAGUUUUUGUGUUGGAAAACUGACAGGCAGCAGAGCUGACUUGAACCUUACAUAAUAAAGAAUUAAGGUCAGCGAAGGUUAAGAUGCCACUAGAUAAGGUCUAGACAUUGUGUGAUGGGUCAUAUUUUUGUUUUGCUACACACUUCCAAUGUCUGUUUCUUUUAUUUUACACAUACUCCAAAGUCUGGUUUUUUUCAUUUUACAAAUACUCCAAUGUCUGUUUCUUUAAUUUGAUCAUACUUCUAUGUCUGUUUCUUUCAUUUUACACAUACUCCAAUGUCUGUUUCUUUCAUUUUUCACAGACUUCUAUGUCUAUUUCUUUCAUUUUACACAUACUCCAAUGUCUGUUUCUCAUUUUACACAUACUCCAAUGUCUGUUUCUUUCAUUUUACACAUACUCCAAUGUCUGUUUCUUUCAUUUGACAUGUACCGGGCCACCUAGAAGGCACGACCAGCGUCGUGUGUGUGUGUGUGUGUUUUGAGGGGGGGGGGCUGUCUAUGAAUUUGUUACGAAGUAUGAUGUGUGAUAAACGUUUCUAUAUUGUCUUAAAAAUUUGUGACGAAGUUGUAGAACUGGAUACUUUCUUUGGAGGGUUGGUUGUAGAACUGGAUACUUUCUUUGGAGGGUUGGUUGUAGGACUGGAUACUUUCUUUGGAGGGUUGGUUGUAGAACUGGAUACUUUCUUUGGAGGGUUGGUUGUAGGACUGGAUACUUUCUUUGAAGGGUUGGUUGUAGAACUGGAUACUUUCUUUGGAGGGUUGGUUGUAGGACUGGAUACUUUCUUUGAAGGGUUGGUUGUAGAACUGGAUACUUUCUUUAAAGGGUUGGUUGUAGAACUGGAUACUUUCUUUGGAGGGUUGGUUGUAGGACUGGAUACUUUCUUUGAAGGGUUGGUUGUAGAACUGGAUACUUUCUUUAAAGGGUUGGUUGUAGGACUGGAUACUUUCUUUGGAGGGUUGGUUGUAGAACUGGAUACUUUCUUUGGAGGGUUGGUUGUAGGACUGGAUACUUUCUUUGAAGGGUUGGUUGUAGAACUGGAUACUUUCUUUGGAGGGUUGGUUGUAGAACUGGAUACUUUCUUUGGAGGGUUGGUUGUAGAACUGGAUACUUUCUUUGGAGGGUUGGUUGUAGAACUGGAUACUUUCUUUGGAGGGUUGGUUGUAGAACUGGAUACUUUCUUUGGAGGGUUGUUUGUAGAACUGGAUACUUUCUUUGGAGGGUUGGUUGUAGAACUGGAUACUUUCUUUGGAGGGUUGGUUGUAGAACUGGAUACUUUCUUUGGAGGGUUGGUUGUAGAACUGGAUACUUUCUUUGGAGGGUUGUUUGUAGAACUGGAUACUUUCUUUGGAGGGUUGGUUGUAGAACUGGAUACUUUCUUUGGAGGGUUGGUUGUAGAACUGGAUACUUUCUUUGGAGGGUUGGUUGUAGAACUGGAUACUUUCUUUGGAGGGUUGUUUGUAGAACUGGAUACUUUCUUUGGAGGGUUGGUUGUAGAACUGGAUACUUUCUUUGGAGGGUUGGUUGUAGAACUGGAUACUUUCUUUGGAGGGUUGGUUGUAGAACUGGAUACUUUCUUUGGAGGGUUGGUUGUAGAACUGUAUACUUUCUUUGGAGGGUUGGUUGUAGAACUGGAUACUUUCUUUGGAGGGUUGGUUGUAGAACUGGAUACUUUCUUUGAAGGGUUGGUUGUAGAACUGGAUACUUUCUUUGAAGGGUUGGUUGUAGAACUGGAUACUUUCUUUGGAGGGUUGGUUGUAGAACUGGAUACUUUCUUUGGAGGGUUGGUUGUAGAACUGGAUACUUUCUUUGGAGGGUUGGUUGUAGAACUGGAUACUUUCUUUGGAGGGUUGGUUGUAGAACUGGAUACUUUCUUUGGAGGGUUGGUUGUAGAACUGGAUACUUUCUUUGGAGGGUUGGUUGUAGAACUGGAUACUUUCUUUGGAGGGUUGGUUGUAGAACUGGAUACUUUCUUUGGAGGGUUGUUUGUAGAACUGGAUACUUUCUUUGGAGGGUUGGUUGUAGAACUGGAUACUUUCUUUGGAGGGUUGGUUGUAGAACUGGAUACUUUCUUUGGAGGGUUGGUUGUAGAACUGGAUACUUUCUUUGGAGGGUUGUUUGUAGAACUGGAUACUUUCUUUGGAGGGUUGGUUGUAGAACUGGAUACUUUCUUUGGAGGGUUGGUUGUAGAACUGGAUACUUUCUUUGGAGGGUUGGUUGUAGAACUGGAUACUUUCUUUGGAGGGUUGUUUGUAGAACUGGAUACUUUCUUUGGAGGGUUGGUUGUAGAACUGGAUACUUUCUUUGGAGGGUUGGUUGUAGAACUGGAUACUUUCUUUGGAGGGUUGGUUGUAGAACUGGAUACUUUCUUUGGAGGGUUGGUUGUAGGACUGGAUACUUUCUUUGAAGGGUUGGUUGUAGAACUGGAUACUUUCUUUGGAGGGUUGGUUGUAGAACUGGAUACUUUCUUUGAAGGGUUGCGUGAGGAUAAAAAGAAAGUCCAUUUAUGGAUGGUCCCUAUUAACUUGAUUAGAUCUUAAUGACUUGUGACAUCAUCAUUUCUUGAUUCAUAUGACAUAAUCAUACAUUUAAAAACAUUUGACCCAAUCAUAUUUUCAAUUAAUAGUAACAUAAGACAUUAUAUUUUAAAAAAUUAUCAUAUGUGGAUGUCAAAUGGCAUUGUAUUUUAAUAAUAUUAUCAUAUUUGUAUGUUAAUAUGACAUUAUAUUAUAAUAACAUUAUAUUUGUAUGUCAUUUUACAUUAUAUUUUAACAACAUUAUAAUAUUUAUAUGUCAUAUGACAUUAUAUUUUAAUAACAUUAUAAUAUGUGUAUGUCUUAUGACAUUAUAGUUUAAUAAUAUUAUAUUUGUACAUCAUAUGAUAUUAUUAUAUGAGCAUGUCAUAUGACAUCUUAUCUAAAUGUCAGAUGCUGUUAUUGCGCUCGAUGUGUGUAUGCAAAAUAUAACGAAAAUGGUGGGGUGGGUAUAUCACUAGGAACAAAGAUUCUUGAUAGCUGUUUUUCUACACAUAUAUUCUUUGGUAGCUGUCUGACCGACUGAUAUAUUCAUUGGUAGCUGUAUGUCGGACUGAUAGGUUCAUUGGUAGCUGUCUGUCCGACUGAUAGGUUCAUUGGUAGCUGUCUGUCUGAAUGAUAGGUUCAUUGGUAGCUGUCUGUCCGACUGAUAGAUUUAUUGGUAGCUGUCUGUCGGACUGAUAGGUUCAUUGGUAGCUGUCUGUCCGACUGAUAGAUUCAUUGGUUGCUGUCUGUCUGAGUGAUAGGUUCAUUGGUAGCUGUCUGUCCGACUGAUAGAUUCAUUGGUAGUUGUCCGUCCGACUCAUAUAUUCAUUGGUAGCUGUCUUUCCGACUGAUAGAUUCAUUGGUAGCUGUCUGUCCGACUGAUAGAUUCAUUGGUAGCUGUCUGUCCGUAUUAACUAGCGCAUGGAAUUUUUUUUCUGAUGGCCCACAUUAACUAUUUGCAAGUUACAAUAAUUUAAAAAAAAAAUUAAAUACUAGCCAAUGCACCUGGUUUUGCUCGAGUUUGUAUUAGGGGAAAAACAAACUUUUAGAGCGUUAUCAGCUGACAGGAAACUUGAGGGCCAAAACACUCCGUUAAAGAACCAAUUAAAAUUUCAAUUUGUAUCCUAUAAAAGCCAAAUUUAUAAUAUAUCUUAUAAAUAUAUAGGUCUGUAGGUCAGGAGGAAUAGGUCUGUUGGUCAGGAGGAAUAGGUCUGUAGGUCAGGAGGAAUAGGUCUGUAGGUCAGGAGUAAUAGAUCUGUUGGUAGGAGGAAUAGGUCUGUUGGUCAGGAGGAAUAGGUCUGUAGGUCAGGAGGAAUAGGUCUGUAGGUCAGGAGGAAUAGGUCUGUAGGUCAGGAGGAAUAGGUCUGUUGGUCAGAACCAUGUUUAAUCUGUUUGCGAUUCAUUAUAUUCCAAUCUUCUUAUAAAAAGUAACACAUUAAAAAAAGCAUGCAAACAAAAAAACAUACAAACAUACAAACAUGCAAACAUACAAACAUACAAACAUAAACAUGCAAACAUCCAAACAUCCAAACAUACAAACAUACAAACAUACAAACAUACACACAUACAAACAUACAAACAUGCAAACAUACAAACAUACAACCAUAAACUUGCAAACAUACAAACAUACAAACAUUAACAUGCAAACAUAAAAACAUACAAACAUGCAAACAUGCAAACAUACAAACAUAGUCACACUGAGUUUAUUAUAAAUAGUAGAUUAUUAAUAGAUCGUUAUUUUAAUGUUUCCUUCAGACCUUAGGAUGUCACCCACAUUGGCGAACUGCUCAGUGGUCAUUCUUAUGUACCUUUAUUUGGGUAAGUAGGUCUUGACAUGUACAUGUAGGCCUGUGUAUGUGUAUGUACAUGGUGGCCUGUGUACGUGUAUGUAAUGUAGGCAUGUGUACGUGUAUGUAAAUGUAGGCAUGUGUACGUGUAUGUACAUGGUGACCGGUGUAGAUGUAUGUACAUGAAGGCCUGUGUAUGUACAUGUAGGCCUGUGUACGUGUCUGUACACGGUGGCAUGUGUAUGAGUAUGUACAUUGUGGCCGGUACAUGUAUAUGUUCAUUUUGACAUGUGUAUGUUUAUGUACAUUGUAGCCUAUGUAUGUGCAUGUGCACGUUUAUGUGUGUGUGUAUGUUGGCUUGUGUAUGUGUAUGUACAUGUUGGCCUAUGUAUGUACAUGUUGGCCGGUGUAUGUACAUGUUGGCCUGUGUAUGUGUAUGAACAUGCUGGUCUGUGUAUGUACAUGUUGGUCUGUGUAUGUACAUGUUGGCCUAUGUAUGUACAUGUUGGCCUGUGUAUGUGUAUGAACAUGCUGGUCUGUGUAUGUACAUGUUGGUCUGUGUAUGUACAUGUUGGCCUGUGUAUGUACAUGUUGGCCUAUGUAUGUACAUGUUGGCCUGUGUAUGUACAUGUUGGCCUGUGUAUGUACAUGUUGGCCUGUGUAUGUACAUGUUGGCCUGUGUAUGUACAUGUUGGCCUGUGUAUGUACAUGUUGGCUUGUGUAUGUACAUGUUGGUCUGUGUAUGCGUAUGUACAUAUAGGCCUGUGUAUGUGUAUGUAUAUUUAUUGGUUUUCAGUGUAUUCGCUCUCAGUAUAUUAAAAUACGACACGGGUUGUAAUUUCAGCAUUUAAAAUGUUGUUAAAACAACAGAAUUGGGAAUUAAAACAUGUGAAAGUCUCUUUUUCUUCCUGGCAUAUCGGUAGCUUGGCAGUAAUAAUUAUUUAAAUGUAUUAGUAUUGUGCUAGUUGUCAAACAACGUCGAAAUAAUGAAAUGUGAAUCAUGUUUCCCGUUUCGUCUCGUCGUUGCAUGCAGGUAUUUAUGGUACGGCGUCGACCGACGUGACACUUAAAGAAGGAGAGUAUUUUAAUUUCACGUGCACAUCCAACGAUGACAGAUGGUAUGUUACCAAAAAUGGCGUCUCUGAUCUGGUAGCGUGGUGCCGUAAUCAAAGUUGCGUUGCAGGUAAGAAUAAAUUCAUUUACUGUAGCGGUGUUAGUACAGCCCCCCCCCUUUUUUUUUACAGCGCCCACUCCCCUUAGAACAGAUACCAGUUUUAGAAAUCCUAUUUAAAACCGGUUUUAAGAUUUUACAAUCAGGACUCAAAUCCCACUUGAACACCUCAAAAAAGUUAUUUUAUGAAUUAAAUAAUUAAAAAAAAAUAAUUAAAUAUUUGUUUAUUAUUAUUAUUUUGUGUAAAAUCUGGACAAUUCGAAAACCAGUUUUACAUGUUAUUUUAUGGGGGAAAAAAGGGGUGGGGGUUAACUUGAUUUCAACAAACUUUGGUCACGUGAGCUAUGGGAAAUUAUUUUUAGACGCGCCAAAUUUUGUAUGUUUAACAGUUUGUCAUAGUUAACUGUCUGUCACAAUGACACCUAGCGACCGAGGCAGCUAGCUUGCCUCUACAGCACUACAUCACUCUGUGCCUUGGGGAGGGUAAAAGUAGAAGGAGUGGUCCGCCCCUGGUGCCACUUGUUCCUUUAUUUUACAGGGUGGCAUAUUUAUCAACAUGAAUUUUUUUUUGUUGGAAGGGGCGUGACCCGCCUCUGACAACUAAAUCCUGGCUACGCCUCUGAUAUUGCUGGCCCCAUGGUGUCAACAUGUUUGAAUUUUUAAGUUUCCGUAUUUACCCCGAAUUUCCCUGAAAUAAUUAUAAAAAAAAUUAUAAAAAUCGAAUGGGAUCCAGACAGGGUAGUUUUAAGCUCUCAAAAACGUAGUUUUAAGCUCCAAAGACUAGUUUGGUCAAUUAGCGGGGGGGGGGGGAAUGGGGGGGGGGGGGCGCUGGAUUGUAAUAAGAAAUACAAGGGGUGCAGGGAAAUCCAGUCAACCGUUAGAUAAGUUAACACAAAUCAAUAAUGGGGGGGGUGGGGCGCUGGAUUGUAAUAAGAAAUACAAGGUGUGCAGGGAAAUCCAGUCAACCGUUAGAUAAGUUAACACAAAUCAAUAUACAGGAUACAGUUCUGGGAUACGGUUCUUAAUGAAGAGAAAAGGUCUCAGGCAAACACACUGGCAAUUAAGUGUUAACAACGUAAUUCUCUAAGAGACAAUAUUCUGGUUGGUUUAUUGAGAUCGAGACCGCAAAGGCCAAUCAUUGCUAUUCUUAUUCGAUUGCUUACGGUGUUAACACAAAAAUGCGGUAACUUUUUACUGAAAAUGAUCUCGAAAUUAUACUAAAGUAAUAUAUACAUACAUAUUAAGGUAAACAGAUGCAUACAUUUUUUACUAUGUGUAUUUAGUACAUUACAGAUACGGAGUCCAAAUGGGUUCCCUUGACAACACAGGUACUUUCCUUUCCAUGGCUGUUUACCGUAACAUGACAAAUGUUUCUUGCUCCAACAAAAACUGGAAUCUGAAAAUUACAGGUAUUGUUGCUUAUUACAUUUAUUAAUGUAGUCUGAUUAUAAGAGGUAAGAUUGUCUGAUGUAAGAUUGUCGUAAGAACGAUUAUCUCAUGCAAGUUUGACUGAUGUAAGAGGUAACAUUGUCUGAUGUAAGAUUUUUGUGUUGUAAAAUGUUCUGAUGUAAGAUUGUCUGAUGUAAGAUUUAGUUUUGUAAGAUUAUCUGAUGUAAGAUUGUCUGAUGUAAAUUUGUCUGAUGUAAGAUCAUCUGAUGUUAUAUUGUCUGAUGUAAAAUUGUCUGAUGUAAGAUUGUCUGAUGUAAAAUUGUCUGAUGUAAAAUUGUCUGAUGUAAGAUUGUCUGAUGUAAGAUUGUCUGAUGUAAAAUUGUCUGAUGUAAAAUUGUCUGAUGUAAGAUUGUCUGAUGUAAGAUUGUCUGAUGUAAAAUUGUCUGAUGUAAGAUUGUCUGAUGUAAAAUUGUCUGAUGUAAAAUUGUCUGAUGUAAGAUUGUCUGAUGUAAGAUUGUCCGAUGUAAGAUUGAGUCCUGCAGAGGCCUCCAGGCAGUCAAAAUUUUAGAACUCUGAUAUUAUAUCCAUCAUAUCCAUCAUAUUGUCCUUGAGUUAACCUUUCGUUUGAUACAGUGACUCGAUUCCCGUUUCAUUCACUGGCUAAGUUAUCUGGAAAACUUUUUCUCGUUCUCUUAAUUUUCAAACUUUCAAGGAAAGGAAAAUUUGUCAAAACUUAUCAUCUCUACACUUGAACAAUUAAUAUACACAAAUAGAUUUACUCGUCAUCUCUACACUUGAACAAUUAAUAUACACAAAUAGAUUUACUCGUCAUCUCUACACUUGAACAAUUAAUAUACACAAAUAGCUUUACUCGUCAUCUCUACACUUGAAAAAUUAAUAUACACAAAUAUAUUUACUCGUCAUCUCUACACUUGAACAAUUAAUAUACACAAAUAGAUUUACUCGCCAUCUCUACACUUGAACAAUUAAUAUACACAAAUAGAUUUACUCGUCAUCUCUACACUUGAACAAUUAAUAUACACAAAUAGAUUUACUCGUCAUCUCUACACUUGAACAAUUAAUAUACACAAAUAUAUUUACUCGUCAUCUCUACACCUGAACAAUUAAUAUACACAAAUAGAUUUACUCGCAAUCUCUACACCUGAACAAUUAAUAUACACAAAUAGAUUUACUCAUCAUCUCUACACUUGAACAAUUAAUAUACACACAUAGAUUUACUCAUCAUCUCUACACUUGAACAAUUAAUAUACACAAAUAGAUUUACUCAUCAUCUCUACACUUGAACAAUUAAUAUACACAAAUAGCUUUACUCGUCAUCUCUACACUUGAACAAUUAAUAUACACAAAUAGAUUUACUCGUCAUCUCUACACUUGAACAAUUAAUAUACACAAAUAGAUUUACUCGUCAUCUCUACACUUGAACAAUUAAUACACACAAAUAUAUUUACUCGUCAUCUCUACACCUGAACAAUUAAUAUACACAAAUAGAUUUACUCGCCAUCUCUACACUUGAACAAUUUAUAUACACAAAUAGAUUUACUCAUCAUCUCUACACUUGAACAAUUAAUAUACACACAUAGAUUUACUCGCCAUCUCAACAUUUGAACAAUGUUUCAUGAGUUUGUCUGAUUGGGACUCUGAUAGUGUUUCAUGAGUUUGAUUGUGCCACUGACAGUGUUUCAUAAGUUUGUCUGUGACACUGGCAGUAAUUCAUGAGUUUGAUUGUGACACUUGCAGUGUUUCAUAAGUUUGUCUGUGACACUGACAGUGUUUCAUAAGUUUGAUUGUGACACUGGCAAUGUUUCAUAAGUUUGAUUGUGACACUGACAGUGUUUAAUGAGUUUGAUUGUGACACUGGCAAUGUUUCAUGAGUUUGAUUGGGACACUGACAGUGUUUCAUGAGUUUGAUUGUGACACUGGCAGUGUUUCAUGAGUUUGAUUGUGACACUGGCAGUGUUUCAUGAGUUUGAUUGUGACACUGACAGUGUUUCAUGAGUUUGAUUGUGACACUGACAGUGUUUUAUGAGUUUGAUUGUGACACUGACAGUGUUUCAUGAGUUUGAUUGUGAAACUGACAGUGUUUCAUGAAAUUCUUCCCUUCGUGAUGCUUGAAAUGUAUUAUUUCUUAAUUCCACUUACAUAUUUAGAGAGAAAAUCAAAGGGGAGAACUUCCGUUUACAACCUCCGUAUUGUCUGAGAUUAGCCAAAUAACCUCCAUAUUAAUGUUAGCAUUAAAUAGGGUCUCUAUUCCGCCAAAAUAUACCAGCAAUUCAUUUUUAAUAUUUCUCCAUAACCCAGUAUAAAUUUGAUAUUCUGGAACUAGCAGCGCGCUGUUUUCAUGACCUAGCAGUGCCCUGUUUUGAUGACCUAGCAGUGCCCUGUUUUGAUGACCUAGCAGAACCCUGUUUUGAUGACCUAGCAGUGCCCUGUUUUGAUGACCUAGCAGCGCCCUGUUUUGAUGACCUAGCAGCGCCCUGUUUUGAUGACCUAGCAGUGCCCUGUUUUGAUGACCUAGCAGCGCCCUGUUUUGAUGACCUAGCAGUGCCCUGUUUUGAUGACCUAGCAGCGCCCUGUUUUGAUGACGUAGCUAAACUUCCGUCUCAGGUUCAGCUGCAGUCUGGAUAUAAACUUUAUCCCAAUCCCCAGAAAGCUCUUCCUGUGGAAAGUCGACAGGACUAGUAAAAGCCUAAAGUUCUACCGAAUUAAGGCAAAUGUUUUAAUCUUCAGGCCUAGUAAAAGCCUAAAGUUCUACCGAAUUAAGGCAAAUGUUUUCAUCUUCAGGCCUAGUAAAAGCCUAACCAAUCUACCGAAUUAAGGCAAAUGUUUUCAUCUUCAGGCCUAGUAAAAGCCUAACCAAUCUACCGAAUUAAGGCAAAUGUUUUCAUCUUCAGGCCUAGUAAAAGCCUAACCAUUCUACCGAAUUAAGGCAAAUGUUUUCAUCUUCAGGCCUAGUAAAAGCCUAACCAUUCUACCGAAUUAAGGCAAAUGUUUUCAUCUUCAGGCCUAGUAAAAGCCUAACCAUUCUACCGAAUUAAGGCAAAUGUUUUCAUCUUCAGGCCUAGUAAAAGCCUAACCAUUCUACCGAAUUAAGGCAAAUGUUUUCAUCUUCAGGCCUAGUAAAAGCCUAACCAUUCUACCGAAUUAAGGCAAAUGUUUUCAUCCUCAGGCCUAGUAAAAGCCUAACCAUUCUACCGAAUUAAGGCAAAUGUUUUCAUCCUCAGGCCUGGAUUAUACAAAUUAAACCCUUUUUAUUUUGUUAAAAAAAAAACACUAGAAACAUUUUUUGGGAACUAUAAUUGUAUACCCAAUUAAAACAUACUUUUUAAAAACUUAACAACACUUUUGAGAAGGGAAAAAGUUAUGAAAAUUAAAUCUGACUACUGCAUGUGAAUUAGACUGACGUCCAAGUACAAUUCAUUUUCAAAAUUAUUAUUUUUUUUCGUGCGACCCUUAAGAGGUUCGUUGACCCUAGUCACGUGUCUCUUUUUCUGUUUGGUUAAUCCGACCCUGGCUGAAAGCUUUUAUCGGGAUAAUUUGAUAGGUACGAUACCUUGUGGCCUCAUAGUUUUGGUCACAGAAAGCAUGCGACCUUAUUUUAAAUAUAAUGAACUUUAAAAAAUUACCAAAUACUUAAUUUUGAAACUUCUCUUCUCUUGCUAUGUGAUAAGACCUUAUAGACGUCUACGUGAGUUCAUUGACCGCUAACCCAGCACUCAUAUUAACUCCAUCCCUGACUGUGGACGUUGGAAGUAUCGUCACGUUCCGUUGCAUUGGGCACGGUCCCCCGGGCACCAGUUUCAUCAUCAACGUGAACAACUCCAUGGUCAGCAUGCUGUCGUCCAAUCAAGUCUUCAUUGGCGUCUGGAGUACGGUGGACUACUCGAUGAGGGCUGAACAAUGUGACGUCACAUUCGCCGUCUAUUGCCAAGCCGGAUAUGACGUCACCACCAGGAAGACGAUUCGAGUUUCAAGUUUGAAGUGUCCACACAAAGGUAAAUGAUUCUUUGAUUUCUCUUGUUUUUAAUAGAACACUAAUUUGGUGUUGUAGCUGCUCUAGUAAUAAUGUCUUCAAUUGUUAACUGCAAUCCCAUUAUUGUCGUUGGCUAUCUAACAUGAAACAGUCACAAAAAGCUUUUAAAAAAAAUCCAUAACAUAACCCUGGCCCAUAAAGAGGCGUUUCCAAUUAGUAAUUGUUCACUCACCACUUUCGAAUGUGAGCAAAACCAACAAACAACAAAACCAACAAACAACAAAACCAACAAACAACAAAACAAACACCUGAGAAUCUUACGUCAUUAAUUUAUCAAAGUGCAAAUUUUUAAUAAGCUCUUAAGUCAGUCUAUCGUGGACGACAGCAAGGGAUAUGUUGGUGGUGUCGGUGGAUGACAGCAAGGGAUAUGUUGGUGGUGUCGGUGGAUGACAGCAAGGGAUAUGUUGGUGGUGUCGGUGGACGACGGAAAGGGUAAUGUUGGUGGUGUCGGUGGACGACGGCAAUGGAUAUGUUGGUGGUGUCGGUGGACGACGGCAAGGGAUAUGUUGGUGGUGUCGGUGGACGACGGCAAGGGAUAUGUUGGUGGUGUCGGUGGACGACGGCAAGGGAUAUGUUGGUGGUGUCGUAUGUGUGAUUGUAGAUAUAACUUCAAGACAGGCUGAUCAGUGUGUGAGACAUUUGGUCAUAGAAGUUGAUCAGUAUGUUAGACUUAGUCAAUGUGGCACAUCAGUUUGUUAGAUAUAAUUUGGUCAAUGUGGCACAUCAGUUUGUUAGAUAUUUGGACAAUGUGGCACAUCAGUUUGUUAGAUAUUUGGACAAUGUGGCACAUCAGUUUGUUAGACUUUUGGUCAAUGAGCCACACAGGUAGACAUUUGGUCAAUGAGGCACACAGGUAGACAUUUGGUCAAUGAGGCACACAGGUAGUCAUUUGGUCAAUGUGGCACAUCAGUUUGUUAGACUUUUGGUCAAUGAGGCAUAUCAGUUUGUUAGACUUGGUCAAUGAGGCACAUCAAUUUGUUAGAAUUUGGUCAAUGAGGCACAUCAGUUUGUCAAUAUUUUGGUCAAUGUGGCACAUCAGUAUGUUAGACAUUUGGUCAAUGAGGCACAUCAGUACGUUAGACAUUUGGUCAAUGAGGCACAUCAGUACGUUAGACAUUUGGUCAAUAAGGCAGAUCAGUAUGUUAGACAUUUGGUCAAUAAGGCAGAUCAGUAUGUUAGACAUUUGGUCAAGAAAGCCGAUCAGUGUGUUAGACAUUUGGUCAAUGUGGCACAUCAGUAUGUUAGACAUUUGGUCAAUAAGGCACAUCAGUACGUUAGACAUUUGGUCAAGAAGGCAGAUCAGUAUGUUAGACACUUGGUCAAGAAAGCCGAUCAGUGUGUUAGACAUUUGGUCAAUGUGGCACAUCAGUAUGUUAGACAUUUGGUCAAUAAGGCACAUCAGUACGUUAGACAUUUGGUCAAGAAGGCAGAUCAGUAUGUUAGACACUUGGUCAAGAAAGCCGAUCAGUGUGUUAGACAUUUGGUCAAUGUGGCACAUCAGUAUGUUAGACAUUUGGUCAAUAAGGCACAUCAGUACGUUAGACAUUAGGUCAAGAAGGCACAUCAGUGUGUUAGACACUUGGUGAAGGAAACAUGUUUUAAGCCAACAGAUAGGUAAUUGUCUUUUUCACCUUCUCUCAUUGAUAAUGAGGCACAUGUCACACACACAGGUCACACACACAGGUCACACACACAGGUCACAUACACAGGUCACACAAACAGGUCACACACACAGGUCACACACACAGGUCACACACACAGGUCACACACACAGGUCACACACACACAGGUCACACACACAGGUCACACACACAGGUCACACACACAGGUCACACACACAGGUCACACAAACUCCUACAGACACUGUUGAUUUAAAGCACAGAGUGUUUCUGAAGAGAUAACUAAGCGUAAAUGGGUGCGCAAAUGGGUGCGCAAAUGGGUGCGCAAAAUGAGUGAAAAAAAUCCUGCACGCCUUUCCUUAUCCCAACAUUAACACUUAAGCAACUAAACUUAUCUAAACUUAUUGAACUAAUCUUAUCUUAGUUUAUUUUUAUCUUAUGUUAGCUUAUCUUAUCUUAACGUAUUCUAAUUAUAUUACUUAUAUUAAACUAUUUUAUCAAUUCUUUACUUAAUUUAUCUUUUAAAAAAUCCGCUCUUAUCUUUUCUAAAAAAAAUAUUAACAUUUAUUAUCUUAUCUUAUAUUUUCGGAGGUAUUACAUCGAUGUCUACUAUUCCCACUGAUACACCUGUAAGGGACCCAGCCAAGCUCGCCCCAUCCACGGCCAUGUCUACUAUCACCACCGCUACAGCCGAUCCUGUACGAGACCCAGCCAAGCUCGUCACAUUCACUUUCACGGCCAAUAUGGAGACCGAAAAACUCCAGGUCUUCCCCGGAAGUGACGUCACAUUUUAUUGUUCAGGAAAUGGUAUUAUGGGCAAUCAACUGACCCUGUACAACACCACAUUACAAAAUGUCAUUUUCUCCCACAAUGAACCAUACUUAGCGUACACAAUUAGAAACUGGAAGUGUGGGACAUCCUCCGUCAUUGGCUGCCAGGCAGGCAGUGACGUCACAGUAGCUCGGGAAAUUAUCGUCGAAGCCUCGAAAUGUAAGUUAAUGUUUGAGAUUGUUUUCCUUCAUUUCAAUUUCUAUUUUUUUUCCCCGGCAUCCGUCCGUUACAAUAUGACGAUGGCGUAGACUGCGCAUGGCGAAAUCACAAGGCCUAAGAUUUUAAUUUAGGAUGAUAAGCUGAUUCCCUAGACAGCAAACCACCUCUUGCCAUGCCGCUGAAUAACCCUAGGGAACAUCAUUUGUGGAUGAUAAAGCUUUGGCACCUGUGACGUCGCAGGAGUUGCCGGAUUAUUCAUUAUGUCAAUGUUGUCCUUCUAUGGGACAUCAUCUCCGGGCUUGAUUUCAGAGUUUCCUUGUCUUAGAUGAGUUGCCGUCCAAGGUUAACGAAUCUCAUCCACCCGGGGUGCUGGUCUUAGAUGAGUUGCCGUCCAAGGUUAACGAAUCUCAUCCACCCGGGGUGCUGGUCUUAGAUGAGUUGCCGUCCAAGGUUAACGAAUCUCUCCACCUGGGGUGCUGGGGUUGUUUUUGCUUGUCUAGACUUUGGUGGGGAUUGAACUCCAGACCACUGACUUUUUGAAUUGAUUUAGUUUAAACCGCUCGGCCAUUGAGCAUAAAAGGGCAUCAGCGAAUGAGGUUCGUAUAGAGUGAUUGCGAAGGCAAGUCUUAAUAAAAAUUGCACAGAAGUUACACUAAGACUCAAAAGUAGGUCAAACCAUCCUGGGACCAAUGCUUUUAAUUCAAUUAGUAGGGAUGGCUUGUAGAAGAUAAUGAAGAAUAUCUAGCUAUUUCAGUAGAUGUAUUGCUGUAGUAGUUAGCUCCAUGGUGGCUAGGUAGGUAUGGCUUGUUUCAGUAGAAUUAUCGCUGUAGAAGUCAACUGCACGAUGGCUAGGUAGGUAUGACUUGUUUCAGUAGAUGUAUAUCGCUGUAGUAGUUAACUGCACGAUGGCUAGAAUUCUGGAUUCAGAUGAUGAAUUUAAAGUCAUAAAUAAAGGUGUAAAACAAGGCCACGGAUUUUAUCCAACACUGUUCAACAUUGUAUUCUCAGCCACAUAACAAUAUAUAGUGUUAAAAUAUCCACAUAACAAUAUAUAAUGUUAAAAUAUCCGCAUAAUAAUAUAUAGUUAAAACUUUUACAUACAAGAAUAUAAUUAAACUGUUUCUUUUCAAUAGAAAAUUGAAUGUUUUCUUUUACAAUGCUAGGCCAACGCACUGUCUACGAUGAAUCGAAACUUAUUUGGCCAAUGAGCUCAACUGGGAUAAUUUUAGCGAUAGGUAUCACAGUUGCUUACCUCUCUUAUAGAGUAAGGCUUGUGAAAAAGCGAGCUGCCACAAACGCCCUCAGACACCGCCCUGAAAACACCCCUUCGCCCGAAGCAGCGCCCUACGUGGCACACACCAGUGCCUCCAUGGAGCAUCCAUAUCACGCAGCUUUGUCCGAUCAUGGGUCACUUCCCCCGAGAUAUUCGCAAGUCGUCCGGGACGCUGGAAAGUAUAAAAUGCCAUCAGCAGGUAUGGAUGUGUUCUAUUUUGAAGUUGCAGUUUAUAUUUUGGAAACCUUUGUUAUAUGUUUGUAUAUAGAGACCCUGUGUGUUUAUUACGUGAUAGGCCACCCUCGUCUACUUGUAUUACAUGCAGUCAACAAUGUUUCUAAAAAUGUUGCUAGAGAUUCAAAUAAAAGUAAUUCAGCCACUAAAACAAAUAUAGUUGAGAAUCUGGAUACUGUUGAAAAAGAAAUGUAAUGAAACAUAUAAAUAAAAAAAAAAAGAGAGUUUUACUACGGAUCAGAAGAAAACUGCAUUAGAUUUCAAGACUUUAUAGAAAGUGUGUUUUAGUAAAAUAUCAAGAUUUUAGAUAGAAUUGGAUGAACAGAAAUGGUGGUUGAACAAAAAAGAUUACAUUCUAAUAACUUAAAAUGUGUUUUAUAUGAAAUUUUAGGCUAGAGAGUCGAAAUAUGACGCAUCCAGUAAUUUAGAUGGAAAAAAAUUUGUUUAAAUGGAUAUUUGAGCGUUUUUUAAUGAUACUUUUUAAAAAAGGAGAUUUCAAUGUAUCUUAGUUUUAUAGGAGAUUUAAAUCUAUAUUAAUUUUAUUGGAUUCCUGAUAACUUUUUAAAAACCGCAAUAUAUGUUUUUUUCAAUUUUGAUGAAUAAAAGAUUGCGAUAUCAAAAUAAUGAUAAAGUGAUUGGAAUCAAGACAUUUCUUACUCUGCAAUCCAACAUUAACUUAUGUAACCACUUUUCAAAAUGAGGAAAAUAGGAGGACACAUUUCUACACAUGACUGCAUUGUCAUUGAACUAAAUUGUUGGCUUGAUAAGACUGCAUUGUCAUUGAACUAAAUUGUUAGCUUGAUAUGACUGUAUUGUUGUUGAACUAAAUUGAUGACUUGCUCCCAAGGAAUUAUAACUUUGUAUUACAUUUAAAUCAUCUUUGAAACUACGCUUUUUCCCCCCUUAUUCCGGCUGCGCAAAUUUCCGCAUAUUCAUACACCAUUAGGAAUGCACAAAGUAAUAAAAUGAGCGUUGUCUAUGUUAUUCAUAUUUGUGUUUCAUUUACAGCAUCAGUUUUCGACGAGCCGCCCUUGUACAAUUCAUUGUUUGAGGAACAAGCGCCACCAAAAUAUAGUCUCUGAACAGACACAACUUUGCACAGACCAAGAGCGACGUCUUUCAAUCCAGGUCCGACUCAUGACGUCAUACAUGUGUGUUUUUCCUCCCCUAUUUAUAUCACCAAAACAAUUAUAUUUUUAUAAUCAGUUAACUAUUAGAUAUGACCCAGCAUAAUGAAGUCUUAACAGACUAUAUACGAUAUGACUGAAGUCUCAACAGGCCAUAACAUAUGACUGAAGUCUUAACAGUUACAAACUAAAUUGUUAGAUGUAGCACAUAUUUGGGAAUUAGUAAAUAAAACUUUCCUAUUUUCUUAAAAUACAGAAUUUCUUUUAUAAAAAAAAAGAAUUUCUUGAAAUAUUUUCACAUUUUACCGGUCUUGUGUUUUUAAAAGAAAUAUUCUUGAUUAAUCUCUGUCUACUUUUGACUGUAUUUCUUACACCUAAUUAUAUGUUCUGUCACAUUACUCUUGCUGUCCUCUAGUUUACUCAUGAUCUAUCACAUUUAUCUUGCUGUCCUAUCACUUACUUAUGUUCUUUCAAAUUCCUCUUACCUUUCUCUCAAUUAAUCAUGUUCUGUCACAUUCCUAUUGCUGUCCUCUAACUUACUUGUGUUCUUUCACAUUGCUCUUGCUGUUCUCUCGCUUAAUUAUGUUCUUUCACACUCCUCUUGCUGCCCUCUCACUAACUCAUGAUCUAUCACAUUUCUCUUACUGUCCUCUCACUUAUCAUGUUCUGUCACAUUCCUCUUGCUGUCCUUUCACUUAUGUUCUGUCACAUUCCUUUUGCUGUCCUCUCACUUAUGUUCUGUCACAUUCCUCUUGCCGUCCUCUCAAUUAAUUGUGUUCUUUCACGUUCCUCUUGCUGUUCUCCCACUUAAUUGUGUUCUUUCAAAUUCCUCUUGCUGUCCUCUCACCUACAUAUGUUCUGUCUCAUUCCUCUUGCUGGCCUCUUACUUAUCAUGUUCUGUUACAUUCCUCUUGCUGUCCUCUCAUUUAUGUUCUGUCCCAUUUCUCCUCUAUCCUCUUACUUAUGUUCUGUCCCAUUCCUCUAGCUGUCCUCUCAGUUAUGUUCUUUCCCAUUCCCCUUGCUGUCCUCUCACUUAUGUUCUGUCCCAUUUAUCUUGCUGUCUUCUCACUUAUGUUCUGUCCCAUUUAUCUUGCUGUCUUCUCACUUAUGUUCUGUCAUAUUUCUCUUGCUGUCCUCUCAGAUACUACUUUUCAGCUAAGGGUUAUUUGUAUUCGCUAUUUUGUUUGUUUGUUCUCUUUUCGCCUGUGAAGGCUUUUUGCCGACACGUUCGUUGUUUUGUUGCGUUUUUAUUUUCAGGUUUGUCAAUACUUUGUUUUAUUAAUUUCCAUUUCUCUCCUUUGGCCUUAUUUGCUCACAUCUUGCCUCAUAUUUCUGCUGAUGAUGUCAUUCCUUAACGUUUAACUGUUUGGAUACUCUCAGGGGCAAAGUAAUAUUUGUAAAAUUUGUGUGUGUGUUUGAAUUAUAAUUCUAUAUUUAUAUUUAUCAAUUUCUACAUGAAUUUUUUAUUGGUUGUUGGUCUUGUGAGGAAUUUCUAUGUAUAAAAUAUCAUAUGUGUUGUUUAUAUUUUAAGAUAUGAAUAUUUUUGUGCAUAAUCUUAUUAUUGCGAUAUAUUAUAAAUAAGCAUUUCACACUCAGGGGCUUAAAAUUUUAUUUGUGUGUCUCAAUCCUAUUUUAUUAGACAUGUGUGUGAACUAAUAAUGAAGACAACAGAAGUCACGUGAUUUGAGCUGGAGAAAUGAGUCACUGCACAAUUGUAACACACUUCAACUAUUGAAGCAUUCUAUAAUAUUGAAUUGAAAACAUGUGAUGAAUCAAAAAAGUUUUCAUAAUUGUCGUUUUUAAAAUAUUUAUUUUAAUGUAAAUUUUGUGGCGUAUUUAUUUGAGUCGAU